CCGCCGCCCGGCUGCCGGCCCGCUGCUGCUCGGGUGUCACGGCAUCGCCUUCGCACGCCGGAGGCUAAACACGAGCGGGGACGUUCCGCGCGCCGAGACCCCCCUCAGCUCUGAAUGCUCACGGCGGUCCCGCAGCCCCGUACCCGGCACUUCUGAGGGAGCCCUUCUGGCCGUGCCCGUCCUUUUGGGGCCGCUGCGGGCCCGGACCGAGAUAAGGACCCUUUAGAAUAGCAAAGAGGCAGUGCCUGCCGCGGGUCAGCUUCUACCGGGGAAAAAGCUCAGCGAUUACAGGCAGCACCUGCUCCAGCAGCCCGACCUCAGGACACCGCGUCUGGCACACUGGCACAACUCUAGGGCUUACCAGUCCUUAUGUUUGAAUAUGAAGAACACUAGGAUCAGGAUCCCACUUUGUCUCAGCAGCCUCAGAGACUUUCAAGAGCAGAAAGAUAGUGGUCAGACAGGAUGGCUCCAGUGAACCAGCCAAAGGACAAGGAGUGUGAGAGGGUGUAUCAGCAUUGGCCAGAAGAGGCAAAAUCAGCUGGGAAGAGGAAAGCGGACUAUGAGAAACUGGGGAAUGAGACACAAGCAAAGAGGUUGUUUGUGAGAAAAACAUCUAAACCCCCAGGGAAAAUUGGUUGGAGCGGAGGUGGGUCUGUGGUGAGAAACAAGAGAGUCCUCUCCCAUCAGCUGGACCAGCAGCGCAGCAUUGUUCAUUAUGUCUACCAGAACAUGCUGGGAGGCUCCAUUCGGGCACCACUCAGGCAGUGUCUGCAGCUGCCUUUUUUGCGUUCUCUUGCCUCAUAUCGCCUCUUUCGAACAGCAAGUCCCUUUGACAGGAGAGUGACAUGCUUGGAAUGGCAUCCAACACACCCCAGUACAGUAGCUGUCGGUUCCAAAGGUGGAGACAUCAUCCUUUGGGACUAUGAAGUACUUACUAAAACGUGCUUCAUAAAGGGGAAAGGGGCUGGAGAUUCUCUUGGAGACAUCAAGUUCAGUCCUUAUGAGGCAGUGAAGCUUUAUGUGGCAUCAGGUGAUGGCACCCUAAGUCUGCAGGACCUUGAGAGCAGAGCGGUGCAGGUGAUCUCUCGUGCCCCGGACUGUGGCCAUGAGCACCAUAAUGUUUGUUGCUGGUACUGCAGUGUGGAUGUUUCUGCAAGCUGCCGUGCAGUGGUGACAGGUGAUAAUGUGGGCAACGUGGUCCUGCUCAGCACUUCUGGUGAAGAGAUUUGGAAGCUGAAAUUGCACAGGAAGAAAGUGACUCAUGUAGAGUUUAACUCCCGAUGCGAGUGGCUGUUGGCCACAGCGUCUGUGGAUCAGACAGUCAAAAUCUGGGACCUCAGAAACAUCAAAAACAAAAUGAGCUUUCUUCAUGUGCUUCCUCAUGAGAAACCUGUCAAUGCAGCUUACUUCAGCCCAACAGAUGGUGCAAAGCUUCUGAGCACAGACCAGCGCAAUGAAAUCAGGGUUUACUCAUCUUCAGACUGGACCAAGCCACAGCAUCUGAUUCCACAUCCACACAGGCAUUUUCAGCACCUCACACCUAUUAAGGCAACAUGGCAUCCUCGCUAUGACCUCAUUGUCGUAGGUCGCUACCCAGACCCCAAGUUCCCAGAGUACACAAUGGAUGAGCUACGAACUGUUGAUGUAUUCGAUGGAAACACCGGAGAGAUGGUUUGUCAACUCCACGAUCCAAAUGCUUGUGGUAUCAUCUCGCUCAAUAAAUUUAACCCUAUGGGAGACACACUGGCUUCUGGCACAGGCUUUAAUAUUCUGAUUUGGAGCCGGGAGGAGAUGGUGGCCAAGAAGCAAGAACAUCUUUUGAAAGCCAUGACAGAACAGGGGAUUGGAAGCUGGAAUUCAUCCAGACGUGGAGGGCAGAGGCAGGCAAACCCUGGCACAAGCAAACUCAAAGCUAAGUUAUUGUCUUGGGAGCUGGACGACAUGAGAACUAAAAACAAUGAUUCUAAAUCCAAGGGAAGAAAGCGAAAAGGGAAGGAUCUAGAGAAGUGAUUUAGUAUUUUGAUCCUUUCUGAAUCCCAGGGUACAAACUCAGUUGUUGCCAAUGGGCAGUAUAAGCUGUACAGGGCAUUAGAUUUUUGUCCCUCCUUCCUGGAUCUGAUCUUGGUUCCCUCAUCCUCUUGGCUUCCCCUUCUAGAAAGUUGUGUCAGUACUUGGUUCCUCCUGCAAAUGGAGUUAGCACCUAUUUUCUGAGGCACUAGGAAAACUUCAAAGAUGUUCUCAAAUCCUGCUGAAGUUACUGCUUCCAAUCUGCCAUAUCUGCUUGUCAUCACUUGUCAGAGGUUACCAUUUCCUGUAGUCUGGUUUAGAGGAGCUCAUGGUAGGGUCCCUAGCCUGUUCUAGUCCAAAUGCGUUGAGAAACCAUUUGCUAACAGGAUUUAACAUCCUGAAAAGGUAGAAUGUUUACAAGGCUGAGGUGAUGGAUAGCUCAGGUAGCCUAGGAAACACCAAGCUCUUCCAUAUGCAAGCUUCUUGGAAAAUGUUUGUCAAGACCUCAGGCUUAGCCUGUUCUGUGCUUGCAGCUAUUUAACUGGACCACAAAGAACAUGAUGAUGCCAGAGGUGUGUACCUGCCUCAUGAGAUGCAAGGGCAGUAUGGAGCUGGGCCUACUGAUUCUGUAGUUUCUAUUGUCAGAGUUCUAGGCUCUUGCCACUGAUUAGGCAAUUUUUUUCACCCAGGUGCUUCAGAAUGUUGGAUAAAAGUGUUAUAAAGCAGAAAUGAGGAAUUUCUUCCAAACACCCCUGCUUAGAGCCAAAUAUCAAGACUGUUGUUAAAGUCUAAAGUUUUGCUUUUUCUGAUUUGUUUACAAGGCUGCCCAGGGCCUUGCUGCUGUCCCAGAGGUUGAUGGAUGGGAUGGGCUCCAGGCCUGCGCAGAUUCUCCAUGUUCACUUUUAUAGUUUUGCAGUAUUAAUAAAGUUUUGUAUUAAACUAAAA